AUGUGCAAGCUUGGCCGACAUGUCUUCCUCGCGGCUGUUCUUCUGCACACCGUCGCGUUCGCUGAUAUCACUACCGAGUCCGCCGCGCUCCCCUUCGACGCCCACUCGCCGAUAAGCUCCUUGCCGUCCAUCUCCACCUGCAGGUCCAGGGAAAUCAACUACAUCACCCACACUUUGCCGCAGCAAUGCCUGAAAUCGCGCCCGCCGCCUCCAGCUGCUGCGACCGCUGCAAACGACACCGUGUCCGGCGAAAGUGCUCCUUCUGCCCCAGUCGCCGCCCCCACGGGCGGUGAUGCUGCUGGCCACGGAGAAAAUGAAAUUGUUUCGAGCUCCACCAUCGGCGCGCAAUCGCCCCACAGCUCCAGUACGACCGGAGAGACUUCCGACACGGGAUCGCAAAGCGCAGCUGGCACUGCGCAACCCUCCGCUGAACCGGUACGAACCGACGACCAGAAAACAGGCGCGCCAGAGGCCGAAGCCGAAGCCGAGGGCGACUCUCCGCUGGACAAUGCCCACUUUCUGUCUUUCGAAGAGUGGAAGAUGCAGAACCUGGCGAAGGCUGGACAAUCGCCGGAGAACGUGGGACAGGGUCGCGGGACGGCUGGGACCCAGGGACGCAAGCCGAGGCCCGUCAACAUCAACAAUGAGUUGGAUUUUCUUGGAGAGGACGCGGAGAUCGAGCUGGACUUUGGGUUUGGCAACAAAGCUGACCGGACCGCAGCCGUUUCGGCCUCGGGCCAGCAGCGGGCGGCGGAGACCGCUGAGGGCGGUGCCGCCGGGGAGCUGUCACACAGGCCGCGGAGCAAGGACGCCGGGAAGACGUGCAAAGAGCGCUUCAACUACGCCUCCUUCGACUGCGCCGCCACGGUGCUCAAGACGAACCGGCAGUGCAAGAGCUCGUCUUCCCUCCUGGUCGAGAACAAGGAUAGCUACAUGCUCAAUGAAUGCGGUGCUGAGAACAAAUUCGUCAUUGUUGAGCUUUGCGACGACAUUCUGGUCGACACCGUUGUUCUUGCCAACUUCGAGUUUUUCAGUUCCAUGUUCCGCACCUUCAGAGUCAGCGUGUCUGACCGUUACCCGGUGAAGCUGGAACGCUGGAAGGAGCUUGGCACCUUUGAGGCCAGAAAUAGCCGGGACAUCCAGGCAUUCCUUGUUGAGAAUCCGCUAAUUUGGGCCCGUUACCUCAGGAUUGAAUUCCUCACGCACUUUGGCAACGAGUUUUAUUGUCCGGUGUCGCUUCUCAGAGUGCACGGCACGACCAUGAUGGAAGAGUUUCGCCAUCAGGAAGAGGCGGCCCGUGGGGAGGAGGAUUUGGAUGAAGUUAUGGAGAGCGAGAGCCAAGCCCUUCCCGCUAUUCCGCCAAAUGCACAAGAGCAAGCGCCUGUUGAGAUACCUGCUGCUGAACCACCGAAGGAGGCCGAACCAGCUGCACCCUCGGACGCGCCAUCUGGAGGGGCUGAAGAUUCAAUACAAUCUGAAACGGCCAAUCAAGCCGUCGACGGCUCUUCCACAGCUGAGAAUCGACCCACACCCAAGGAUAGUGCUACGUCCAUCAACGUUGGCGUGCCAGACGGUAGCACAAGUCAAACUAACCUACAGCCUGUCUCGUCUGUCACACCACCAGACCAUCCAGACUCAGCGGUCCAGCCGUCUAGCAACGUCACCCAAGCGUCGCAUAACCAGACGGACGUUGAGCAGCCCCAACAUGCGUCGGCCUCGACAGACGGUCCACAAGUAGAGGCAGGACAUUCAGUCGGUUCCAGCCAGAAUGCCACAACUGCAUCCACCAAUGCCUCGUACGACGGGGACCAGAAGAGCCCUCCGCCUCCCAAGGAUGCAUCAAACGUGGCAGUUGAUGGCACGUCGACGAGAUCCAUCCAAUCUGGCGAAGGGGCUAAGAAUUCGGCAACGCAGCCCCCAAACGCGACGCCCACGACUCAGGAGAGCUUUUUCAAGUCGAUACACAAGCGCCUGCAGAUGUUGGAAUCCAAUUCGACGCUGUCGCUGCAGUACAUUGAAGAUCAGUCCCGAAUCCUCCGGGAUGCAUUUUCCAAGGUGGAAAAGCGACAGCUUGGAAAGACGGAGAAGUUUUUGGAUCAGCUGAACAGCACGGUCAUGGCAGAACUAAGAGAAUUCAGGCAGCAGUACGACCAACUGUGGCAGUCGACGGUGAUCGAGCUGGAGAACCGUCGCGAACAGCAUCAGCGAGAAAUGCUGGCUAUCAGCACGCGUCUGACGCUCCUUGCGGACGAGCUGGUGUUCCAGAAGCGGAUGGCGGUGGUGCAGUCAACGCUGAUUCUCCUUUGCCUGGGACUCGUGCUUUUCGUGCGGUCGGGGGCCAGCUAUCUGGAGCUGCCGCUGGUACAGCAGAUGAUGCAGAAGUCCCAAACAGCCUUGCGCCUGCAGUUCGACAGCCCGGCCAGCAGCCCCCCUCCCAAUUACCGGCGGCACGGCCAUUCGUCGUCCACGGAGGAGCGUAAGCGAUUCCGGUUCUUCGGCUCAAGCAGCGGGAACUUGUCAGACGCGUCGACGGACGGACCGCGCAGCCCGGCGCUGGAGUUCUCGCCGCCGACACCGACGUCGGACACGGAGGGCGAGAUGAUGGCGAGCGAGCAGAGCCCGGAGCCGCUGCGCAAGACGCACAGCAGCCCGUCGACGCCCAGGGGCUUCAGGGACGGGAGCAAGCUCAGCUGGGAGCGGGCGAGUGAGGCGAAGGUGCUCGGGGUGGGCGACGGGCAGACUUUAAUGAGGCGGAGAAGUCCGCUCCGGCGCGAGGAGAGCGUUGGCGACAUGUACGAAGCGUCGCAAACAGAACAGAAAGGCAGCGGCAAGGCUGGCGGCGCAGAUCCCAAUCAGCCUGGAGAUUCGGGUGGGUCGGCGUCAGAUUCUGACGACUGUCUCGGAUAUAUAUGA